AUGAAGAGGAACGUGCUGCUAACAGACUUCUUCAAAAAGGUGGAGAACCCUAAAGCCACUAAGAUACCUAAAGUGACAGUUGUCUCGAGAGUACCGGAGACCAUUCGGCUGAUGGCCUGGAACGCUGACAGUUUACUGAAUCGAAUUAAGAACAAGGAGACGGCGAAAGAGAUAGCCAAAGUCGUGAAGGACCAUGACGUGAACGUCCUGUGUGUCUGCGAGGUCCGUAUGGCGUGUGAGUCCUGUUCCUCCACAGGGGCGAUUGACCGGGUGAACUCGAAUCAGGGGGCGGAGCGAGAUCUAGUCGUGAACUUCCUCACACGUCAAUGUGGCUUCGAUCAGCUUUACUUCAGCUUGAGAAACAUAAAACAGGCUGGAGUGGGCAUGUUUAUGAGGAAAAUGCCUAAACCCGAUCGGGUCCAUUUUAAAAUCCCUGGCACUGAAGUUGGCGGCGACGGCUUCCACCAUCCUGAGGGGCGAAUCAUCUUAGCCGACUUUGCUUCUGAGAACCUACAGCUUCUGCUCACAUACGUGCCCAACAACGGGUGGACUGAAGACUCCUUUGCUAAACGACGACGGUUUGACUGUGAGGUUAAGAGCUUCCUCGCGAAUGCCAAGUCCCAGGGGGAAAGGAUCAUCUGGCUUGGAGACUUGAACGUAGCUGCCAGUUGGAACGACGUCGGUCCCAACCCUGCAUGGUUCAGACGACAGAAGCAGAGUCCAGGCUUGUGCGAUGAUGACGUCGGGCAGCCAGGCUUCACCCAAGCUGAGCAAAAUAGGUUCGCUGAGCUGUUAGAGGCAGGGGGUCUGAUCGAUUCCUAUCGGCAGUGCCAUCACGAGGAGGAUUGGGAGAAGGACGCUACUUGGAGGGGGGCUCCAGGGAAGCCCCCGAACCCACCAGAGUUCGGUAGAUUCUAUGGCAAAGGGAUGCGAAUCGACUAUGUUCUCGUACCUGAGUCUAUGAAAGAUGAUAUACUUAGUGUCGAGAAUCUAGGCAUUGGUAAGGAGCGUAAAGGGUUCAUGGGAAGUGACCACGCCCCUCUCCUCGCGGCAAUCAAGGUUAGCCAACCCGCAGUGUUAUCCGAGGACCCGGUAGGAGACACUAGUCACUGCGAGUUAGCCUCGAGGGGGUCGAUGGAAAGAGACGUGGAAACACCGCCCUCCGAAGUUGUCGAACUCGACGAUUAG